AACUCAGCUUAGCUUUAGGUUUAUCUCUCUCUCUCUCUUCCUUUAACACCAUUGGUGAAUGAAUCUAUAAAUGUAACAAUUAUUCAUUCCAUCCAACAUUCAACAACACACACCCAAAUAAAAAAAACUUCACUACAUAAAAUAUUUAUCAAAUGAGCUUCAACAAUUAGUGUUUUUUUCCUUUCUGGGGUGAAUAAUUAUUUGGAGAUUUCUUGAUUUUAUUGGAUUGGAAAUGACAAGGCAAAAAAUAGAAAUCAAGAAAAUUGAUAACAAAUCAGCAAGACAAGUGACAUUUUCAAAGAGAAGAAGAGGGCUUUUCAAGAAAGCUUAUGAACUCUCUACUCUUUGUGAUGCUGAAAUUGCUCUCAUAGUUUUUUCUGCAACUGGAAAGCUUUUUGAUUAUGCUAGCUCAAGUAUGAAUCAAGUUAUCGAAAGGUACAAUCUGCAUCCAAAAAACUUUGGGAAGUUUGAUCAACAAUCUUUUGGCCUUCAGAUUGAUAAUUGUUUGAUUACUUCGUUGAGCAAGGAAAUAACGGAGAAGACGGAAGAACUAAGGCAGAUGAGAGGAGAAGAAUUACAAGGGUUGAGCCUUGAAGAGUUACAGCAGUUAGAAAAUUUACUUGAACGAGGUCUGAAACGAGUUGUUCAAACCAAGGUUUGCUACAACUCAAUGUCAUGUGUUGAUUCCGAGGGUGAUGCAAUUACAAAUGAGAUCAAUAUCCUCAAAAGCAAGGGAGCUAUAUUGAUGGAAGAGAACGAGCGACUAAAACAGCAAAUGAUGAAUGCAUCAAUACAAUUUCUUGAACAAGGGCGGUCAUUAGAUUCUAUGAUGACUAAUAACAGCAGCACAACAGAUCCUCCACAAGAUUAUCAAGGCCCCUACAAUUUCCUCCGAUUGGGGUUACCGUUACAAGAUUAAACCCUAAAGGAUGAAAUAUGACCACAAAGGUUAAAAGGUAUAAGACACUUGAGGUAAUUGAUUCAGUUGCUAAAAUGUCGUCUUAUUUUAUUUUAGUGACCAAGUUUUAAUUUAUUUUAUUUUGAUUAUUAAAAUUUAUACCGAAAGGUUUUCAGGUCAAACUAUGCAUAAAGUGAUUAUAUUUCAUUUUAGCGAAAAAAAUUUCAAGUCAAAUUAUGCAUAAAGUGACAUGUUUCACGUAAAAAUUGAUUGAAAUAUGGCAAAAAUAAGUAAAAAAACGGUUGCCACAUUUGCUUUUUUUUUUCUUUAACUUGAAAACCUCUUCUGAAAAUAAAAUUAAAAUUUAAUAAUUAAAAUGAACAAAUUAAAGUUUGGUCACCAAAAUCAAAUGAGACAAAAAAUUAGUAAUUUUGAGAAUCAUUACCCAAUACACUUGUGUUAAUUUCAUGGAGAAUAAGAUAAAAUUUAUUCAUGUCAUCAAUUUAUAUUUAAAACCCAAAUAAAAAUUUAUAAGCUAGCUAGCUUCAUGCAUGCCUGUUUGCCAA